CCGUCACCAAUAUAAUGUCAAUCAAGGCCUUUUUAAUAGUAUGGUGGCCUAGAUCUAGAAAUACCAUAUACAUGUGCAUAAUCCCUUCAUGCAUGAAAAUUCUUACAAAGAGGUCUAUAUUAGAUUAUCCUAGGACUAUGCAAUGUCCUAAAACUGUUUGGCAGUUGAUCUUAAUGGUUUUGCAUGUAUUGAUCAAUGUUGAUUAUCGGACACCCAAGUUAAUCAAUCCACAAUUUCUCCACAUUUCACUACUGUUUCAUCAUUUCAAAAAUCUCUCUUUCAUUCAAAUGAACUUGAAAUGGUAUUUUCAUUAAUAGUAUAAACGACAUGGUCAAUAAAGUUAAGCAGUAUUUUCAAGGGCCUAGGCUAUAGGUCAUUGGAGGAGAAGGCACGGAACCCCCUAAAAAAGCUCUUGUGUUUUGUCAUUCAUCCCAUUGAUCUACGGUGAGUGAUUAGUUACACGUACAUGAUUUUGUUUGUUCUAUUACUCCAUCCGUCCUACAUCAAAACAGGAUCAAACAGGAUCAAACAGUGUAAAACAGUGUCGAAACAGUGCCAAACAGUGUCGAAACAGUGUUAAAACAGCAAAAUUUACCUCCUGUCAAGUUUAUUUCCUUAAUAUGUGUGUAGGUCAAACCGGGAACAUUACAACGGAACGGAAGGAGUAUUAAUUUACCUUUCAGUUUUAUGUAGACCCCAAUUGAUCUUUGGGUUUUCAUCAUUCUUGAACACUCAAUAAUUACAGUACUUCAAAGCUGAUUGUUUUGUUUUUAAAAUUUGUUUUUGGAAUCAAAGAAUCUGCAGUUGUGGCUACUGCCAGGCGGCUGCUGUUCUUGCAACCUGGAGAUAGCAAUAUAGCAGAUUGGGCUGUGGCUUCUUCCUCUGCUUCUCAUUCCUCUGAUGCAGCAGCCUUUGGGGACCUUUCUUUGGGUUUUAAUGGCGCUCAAGAUUCUGUCAGCGCCGCCGUUGACGGUGGCAGCGCGGCAGCCGCCCAUGAUGGGCAGUGGGGCUCCUCUGCCGCUAGGCAGAUGCAGAUCAACAAUGGGCUAUCGCCGGAUAUGGGUAUGUUUGUGGUAGCGCCGGCAGCUACCUUCCUACACCACCACGGCGGGUUUAACGGUCAACCCCAACAUUAUCACAGCCAGAGCCCCUCCGGUUUCAUCGGCUUCGAUGGAUCCGCCCCUGCUCUCGGCGUCGGAGUGGGUGUGAUCCCUUUGGCUGCCGACGACUUGUUUGUGAACAGCUGCAACAGAGGCCGCGGUAAUGGAGGUGGAUUUCAGUUGUGGCAUAACCAACAGGCCGUCGCUGCGGCGGCGGCGGCGGAUGCGGCGGAGGGAUAUAACUCUCCAAGGGCUAGCGUUACGGAUAAUGAGUAUACUAAGAAGGCAAACGAAGCUGGGGUUGAGCUGGAGCACACCCACGGAAGCAAUUGCGUUGACCGUCAGGACUUUCCUCCGGUCCACGGCGGCGGGAAUGGCAUUGAUUGUGUCGGGUUUUCAUCAUCUGCGGCGGCGGCCACUUGCCAGGACUGCGGAAAUCAGGCAAAAAAGGACUGCAUCCACCAGAGGUGCAGGACUUGUUGCAAGAAUCGAGGAUUGCCCUGUUCCACCCACGUGAAGAGCACGUGGGUUCCCGCAGCUCGCCGCCGCGAGCGCCACCUCUGUUCCAACUCCGCCGUGACGGCAUCUUGCUCGCAGUCUGCUUCUUCUGGCGCCAAGAAACCCAGGCUUGUCCUCGGCAACCAAUCCCAAACAUCGCACACUUCAACGUCGAACAACACGGCUGCGACUGCCACCACGGGAGACAGCGGCAGCGGUUCUAUGCCGAAGCAGGUCACAGCUCCGGCGGAGUUCCGGUGCGUUCGGGUGAGUCCCAUGGACGGCGGAGAGGACGAAGAAUACGCUUUCCAGGCGGUGGUGAGAAUCGGUGGCCACGUAUUCAAAGGGUUCCUUUACGACCAGGGGCUCGACCCGGGCGUCGUUGGCGCGAGCUCCGGGAAAGCCGCUAACCGCUCCGAACCAUUCAACACCGCCUCGUCGCCACCCAUAGUUGCAGCUUCAUCAGAAUCGCAUGAUAUUUAUGGAGGUGGCGCUGCCACCUCAGCGGAGGUCGGAAUGUUGGGAAUUGGAGGUUCUAACUUUGGUCUUGGAAACCUGUUUCAGUAGACUGAAUUUUGGUCUGUUUAUCUUAUUUUGUGUUUUGAUUUUAGCAGUUGUUCUGUUACUGAUUAAAAUCGCUCUUCAAUGCCAUUGUUUUUUACUUUUGACUUGUAAGUUUACUGGUUAGAACAUCUUUAACACAAGUUUUUGAAUAAUUCUUAGGGUAUACAUAUUUUAUACACUUUUGGUUACAUUC